UGUCUGCCAAUACAACAUACUCAUUCGGCAGACUGGCAGAAAAGUGAGUGAAGCGAUGGGAGAUUAAAUAUUUCUCCGUGUUUUUGUUUUUGAUGAUGGACAACAGCAAUCCAACAAUUGAGCGCGGUGCAAAGCCUAGAAACAACAAUAGAAGAAACUACAAUCCCCAACGUGCCAAUCCCAAUCAUCGUGUGGUUCGUAAACAACCUCCGCGUGCAGCUGCCACAGACAACAGGCAUAAUAUUUACAUUACCAGCAAGACGGACUUUAGAGCACAACAGAAGCGAUGCGAGGAUCUGCUUAAUUCGGGCGCUAAGGAAAUCUAUCUGCAUUGCAUGGGAUAUUCGAUUACACGUGGUCUCAAUUUGGCAUUGCGUUUAAUUCAGAACUCGGAGGGCGCUCUAAGUUACGUGAUAAAUACGUCCACAAUUAAGCUGCUGGAUGAGCUGCAUCCGCUGUGUGAUGAGGAUGAUUUAACGUUUCGUCAGCGCAACAACUCGGCGUUGCACAUUAAGAUCUACAACAGCAGUUUGUUCGAUAUUGUGGUGCCCCAAUUGCCAGUGCCAGCAAAUUUGCCAGCUCACGAUCAACAUCAGCCAAAGACAAAGCAGCAAACACACCGCAAGCAACAGCAGCAGCAACAAAAGCAAAGACAACAGAAGUAA